AUUCUACCCUCAGAUUUAUAGCUAAUGGUUUUUUUAGCUAGGCUCGUAACUCCUUCCCUUCAAGGAGCAUGAUACGAUUCCAUAAUUCUCGUACCGAUCUCCAGACCUGGUUAGUUUGAUCUACCCUGUUUACUCAACCGUACCGAAGUUUCUGCUGUCAGCCAUAGAUAAUUUCAGCCUUUCCCAUUUGGUAUAUUUUUGUCAGUGAGAUUGGGUAUUCCUUGGUCAGAAUUGUAUAUAUUUACUGCUGCCUCAGGGUUAAGCGGGUCAGACUUCUUAAUCCUGCAUGAAAGAAAAUACGAGAGCAAAUUGCAGGCAACAUAUUUAUUUAAUGAUUCUGCCUAGCCAUAAUUCCUCAUUUAUUAAUCCUUUUAAGGGAGAUUAUCUAGCAUUCUUAUCAACCAUAUCUAUCUUAAAUCAUGUCGGUCGCUCUCCGGCCAGCCACAGCCAUCCCUCCUCACACACCAACCACAACAGGCCCCCGAUCUCGCGCUCUCUCUGACACCUCCGACGAACAGCGGCGCCGUUCUCGGCCCCGGACCUGCUACCAGCUCGCCCGUCCAGCGGGCCAUGGCCGCUGCCGGCGCCUUCUGCUGCAGAUCCAGCAGGUGCAGCAGGUCUCGGACUGCCCGCGGCCCAUCCCGCUGUUUGACAUUGUCCGGAGCCCGUCGCUGUCACGGAACUGGUUCUCGCGCCGGCGGCACCGCCGGCGCCAGGGUCUGAGCAGUCCCGAGCCACCCCUGCUGCUCCUCGUCGCCCCUGAUCAGCAAGAGCCCAUCGCAAGCAUCGCGGCGAAUAGUAUUGUUCUCGCGGCAGGGCUCAUCUGUCAAGCUUCCGUCGCUAACGGCACGUACGAAUUCCUUCUGCACAAACACCACCCCGAACACGAACACGAACACGACCAGGAUCAUGAUAAUCAACAGAAGGAUUGUCUGCAAACAAUUGUUCGAUGGGUGCUCCGUCCUGGGAUGGACCAGGAGCGCCGGUUCACCUUCAGUGUGAUCGACCCUGCGACCCGGCGCCAUCCAGUGCUCGCCUCCCUAACCCUCUCCCAGUUAGAUAUUUACGACCGGCCUGCGCAGCCUGGGGAGGCUAUUGUCGGCGAUCAACUGCGCACUCUCAUGUUGGCCACAGGAGUCUGGGUGGCCUUUCGGGAGGGUUGGUUGAAUUUACAUUUUGAAGGUUGUAGUACGUAACCAGGAAGUAGAAUUGUGCAUGUAAAUAUGAAGCAACUAGAUGGAAAUUAU